AAUAAGAAAGCAUACCAUAUGGAUCUUUUUUAUUCACUAGUUUUACUGGCACUAUUGUUCUAAAUGGUAUAUUUUUGUUUGUAAUGGUAUUUCUAUAUUUUCAAUAUUCUAGAUAAAGAGUUCGGAAUUAAUGGAUAUGCUAACACAACGGAUGUAACUGUGAGUGAAUACGACACAAAUAUACGAUUUAUUUGUAAAUUAAUUAAUUACAAUACCACGUCAGUUCAAAUCUUAUUCAACAAUGUCCUUCUAAACGAGCAGAAAAAUUCUAACAUUCUAUACUUUACACGUAAGAAUGUAACGUGUUUUGACGCUGGUGUAUAUACAUGCAAAGACAACAGUAAAAAAGAAGCCUCGAUUCGUUUAUUUGUCAAAUGUGCACCUCGUCCUCUGCAGAAUGUUGGUAGAAAUAUAACAAGUUCAAUGUAUGUUCCCGUAACACUUAGCUUCACAGCACUAGCGUACCCUGAACCUGGUCCUAAAGGAUUCUUGUGGCACAAGGAAGAUGGGAUCGAUUGGAUACCUUUAUUAAGUAAUUCAGAUGUUCAGAUAUCUUCUUCAGGCCUUCAGUCAAACAUUACUAUAUUUAACGUGUCGCUGUGUGAUUAUGGAACAUAUCGAUUAACUGUUAGAAAUGAAGUUGGAAUUUAUAAGCAAAUGAUACGCCUUGUUAAGAAGGACUCUGCACAGACAGAAGUUACAGAAAAUUAUACCGAAGAUGAUGCAAACAACAGCUGGAUGCCAGUUGGCAUUGCUUUUGGUUUCCUCGCCAUAGCCAUUGGAAUAUAUGCAACUGGUAUAACCUUUUUGUGGAGGAGAAAAGCUGUAUCGAAAGGUGCAAGGAAGCCAAGUGGAGAUUCAACAGCACAAACAACGUACAUGAACACAGACGUUGUCGUACACCAUGCAGAAGCUGCCAGCAUCCGGGAUCAACACCUUAUUGAAGCAGAUUCUGUGAAUCCUUACACAGACCUAGCUCAUUAUUCUAGGGAUGAUAGAUCGACAUAUGAAGUUCUUAAAUGAAAAUGAUGUAACAGUUAUAUAACUGGUGACCUGUAUUGUACAUAAUUCAACAUACUAUAUUUCAAACGAUACAUUUGAGAUUUUGAGAUUGUCGAUAAAUGUGUCGGCACAAUGGACCAUAAUAAAAUUGACUGGUUGACUUUUAGACUCUUUUCAUAGAGUCAGAACUGGUAGAUGAUGUUGACCCCGAAUGAUCUCUAAAGACAGAUCGGACUUAUUAUUAACUGUAAAGAUAGUUUUAACUCACUGUUUGUCAUUUCCAACAUUUCCAGACUGAUAUAGUGACAUAUAUCAGAAUCACGAUGUUCACAUUAAGUAAAAUGUACCAAACACAAAUUAUAAAAGUUUGUGCCCUUUAACCCUGAAACUUCUGAAUUGGUCCCAUACAUUUUUUUGGCUCCAGAAGGAAAAAUACAUUAAGCAAUUAUAUACUAAGUAUAAAUGAAUUUAAUAAUCAAUAGCAAUAUAUUUAUUAAUUGAUGUUGCAAUAAUUAAUAGCUAUAUAUUUAUUUAUUGAUGUUGCUUUAACAUUGCCUUUAUUUUAGUAAAGUAAGUGCAGCUUCAUAACCUUUUUUGAUGUUUCUUUAACUUUUGUCUUGAUACCACUUUGUUAACAAACAAGAUUCAAGAUUCAAAUAACUUUAUUUGUGUUCAAAGGCCUCCGGCCCAAAAUAGCAUACAUACAACAAUAUUGUAAUAUGGUUGCGUCACCUUAACAAUGUUUAUAAAUGCGAACAAAGACUAGUUGUUUAUGUUAUCCAUUAAACAUAUACAUAAAACAUAAGCUUCCUUAAUAUGGUUAUAUCACGUGUUCUUAUUAAUACAUAAAAAUCAUGUAGUUCUCUUCCGCCAAAAUACCAAUUGAAUAAAUACUUAUCACGGAUUUGUUUGUAUUUUUUACAUAUAAAGAAAGCAUGGAAUUCACAAUCUAGCUAUACUAUCAUUACAAGUUGUACACAAACGUUCUUCCCUUGGGAUAUUAUUAUGUCUGCCUAUUUCUAUACCUAAUUUAUGGUUGGAGCAACGAAAAUUACAAAACGCCCUUUUAUGUUUAAAUGGUAUUUUAUUUAUAAGUAUCGUUCAACAUUUAAAAGUGAUUUAAAUUUAUUAUAGUG